AUGAAGGCUCUCCUUAACCUGGGAUUGCUCUUGCUUUUUGUCACUGUCCAGGCUAAGGUCUAUGAACGCUGUGAGCUUGCCAGAAUUAUGAAAAGACAUGGAAUGGUGGGCUACAAGGGAUUCAGUCUGGAAAACUGGAUAUGUUUGGCUCAACAUGAGAGUGGCUUUAACACACGAGUUGUAACCAACCACCCUGGACACCGAAGCACCAGCUAUGGGAUAUUUCAGAUCAAUAGCCGACACUGGUGUAAUGAUGGCAAAACCCGCAAACCAGUGAACGCCUGUGGGAUACGCUGCAGUGUUUUGCUCCAGGAUGACAUCACUGAAGCCAUAAAAUGUGCAAAGAAGGUCGUGAGUGAUUUUGAAGGCAUGAGAGCAUGGAGGGCAUGGAGAGCCAAGUGUGAAAACCGAGAUGUCACCAAGUAUCUUAAGAACUGCAGACUCUAA